AUGCUACGUCAUCAAUGUCGUAAGUUUAAGAAGUACAGAGGGAUCAAGACCAUUCGUGCGGACCUAAAUCUACUGCUCAAACUCAUUGAAGAAGACACGGUGAAUGUUAAAAUAUUACAUCUUAUACGAGACCCCCGCGGAGUAGCGAACUCACGGCGUCAAGUUUACUCCGUAGACAGUAAUUCCAUGCAACGGCGGUUAGCUGCUCGCGGUUACCGCCACCGCGUAUUGCAUGACGACCGCGUCGCGAAUCCUUUUCCCGGUGAAGGAAGGAGACCAAUGUCAUUACAUCACCACCACUACCAGUCGCCUAUAGCGCGUGGGACGAGACUGGAUAUACUUGGUCUAAUGGAGACUUCAGAUGUGUUCCCACUUCUCAACACCAUGCCAGCGUAUUGUAAAUGGCUGGAUUCUACCAUCACGCUAGCGCAGAAGCAACCUGAUUGGUUGAAAGGCCGCUACAAGCUGAUCCGCUACGAGGACUACGCGGCCACACCGCUUAGCGUUACCGAAGACGUUUACCGCUACUUCGAUAUGUAUCUUCCCGAUAAAGUACGACGAUGGGUGGCGAACAAUACGGAAGGUGACGUCAAAGGCGGAGACAGGCUCUACGGGUCGCAUAAGAACUCUUCUGAAGCAGCUUUCAAAUGGAGAACGUUGAUGACGGCCGAGGAGGCUUUGCAAGUAGAGAAAGAGUGUGGAGACAUUAUGAAGCGGUUAGGUUACAGAACGACGUCCAGUCGGGUUCGCCUGGAUGACCUAGAACAGUCUCUUUUUCUACCUCUUCCAGAUGAUAUACCACGUGAAUUAUGA